AUGGGGAUGGGGGUGUCCUGAGAAAGAGGAAUAAAGAGAGAAAGAGAGAGAGAGAGAGAGAGAGAGAAAAGAUAGAAAAAUAAGAAGACCUUGAUAGCUCGAAGGAAUUAAUUAACGUGCAUUUUUAUUUUCUUCUUUUUAUCUUCUUUUCGUAAUCAAUCCACGUUCACAUUAAAAGGCGAUAUCAUUGAUUUCUAACGAGAAAAGACAAUUAAUGUUAAUAAUUAAAGUUCAGUGAAUAACAACGAAUUGAUGAUACCGGUGCACGUUAUUAAAAUCAUAUAUAUAUAUGUAAUUGAAGUAGAAAAUCAUUAACAAGCGAUUUUCAUAGUUCUAUCGAUGAAACCUGAGAGAGUCCUUCCCACGCAUCGUUUCAUCGUUGAUCGCAAAAUUUCUCGCGAUUGGAUCACUCUUCGUUUUAAUUAUCUCACGAAAGGCUUAAUUAAUUAACGUAAUCACUCUCUUCCCGUUUCCUCCUCCUCUCUUUCCCUGUCUCUCUCUCCUUCUCCUUCUCUUUCUCCCUUUCUCCCUCCUUCCUCCUCUCUCUCUCUCUCUCUCUCUCUCUCUCUCCCUCUCUCUCUCUCUCUCUCUCUUUUAUCCGAUUACGAUAUAAAUCCUACCCGACGAAAAUUCUCUCGCUGAUCGUAUUUGCUCGAUAUUAAACGAUCGAGCUUUGAAAUGAAACAAGUGCAAAAAUUGAAUUAAUUUCGAUCUUGAUGAAGACCCAAGAACAUACUCGAAGAGAAAAAAAUAUCUGAUAAAUUUUCAUCGAGCCAUUAUCCUUUAUAACUUUAAAAAUAAGUGAUAAGAUAAUAUUACUAAUAUAUAAGUGAUAAGUGAUAAGUGAUAAGAUAAAACAGAUGAACAUAUAUUUUCCAUAUUUUGAUAAUAUUGAUAUAAUAUAUAUAUAUAUAUACAUAUAUAUAUAUAUAUGUGUGUGUGUGUAUGUGUGUGUAUGAGUAUAAUAUACUGAAGAAAUAAAAAUUAUUGAAAGGAAGAAAGAUAAUCAGUCGUACGGGUUAUAAAAAAUAUAUUGGUCAUUACUUCUGGAUUAUAAGAGAAGCUCAGUAUUCGUCAUCGAUCCAUCUCACGAAUGUAUCGAAAAUAUUUAUUAAAAACGAAGAAGAAAGAGAAGAAAAAAAACGAUUCUUACGUCGUAAUAAAAAAAAACUUUAGAAAAGGAAAAUAAUAACAAUCGAGCGAGAUGUCAUGGUUUUGCGGCAAGUUUGGUCUAAUAGUACUUUUCAUUUCCAUGUGUUGUCUUUAUAUAUUAUCGUUUUAUUUCGAUUUGAGAUUUAAGAACGUUUUAAAUUUCAAGUCAAAUCAAAUGAUCAAUCAUAAUAUGUAUGCGCAACGAUUGAGAGAUCAUAAGAUGUUCAAGAAGAUCCUCUUUUGGAAUGGAAUGUUUGGCAAUAAAAACUUUUAUUUCGGUGACGAUGAUAUCUUCAAAAAUUGUCAAUUUAACGAGUGUUAUGCCACUUACGAUAGAUCUUUCACUGAUGUGGAAAAUUUCGAUGCAAUAUUAUUUCAUGGUGUUGAAUUGAAUGAAAAUGAUUUGCCAAAGGAAAGAAAUAUUAAGCAACGUUACGUUUUCGUUAAUUUGGAAAGUCCAGAGAAUCGACCAAUCACAAAUGACUUAUUUGAGAAUUAUUUUAACGAUACUAUGACUUAUCGAUUGGAUAGUGAUAUUGUUUGGCCUUAUGGUCUUGUUCGUGACUUAAAAACAAAUAAGAUUGUUGCACCUUCUAUUGAUAUCGUUUGGGAUUUUCCUAAUAACAACGAUGAUAAGAGUAACAAAUUGUCUUCUGUAUAUCACUUAAAAGACGACAUAAUGAUUGCAAAUAAAAAAAAGGAAAUAGCUUGGUUGGUGAGUAAUUGUCCAGCCAAAAGUGGGCGUUUGGAAUACGUUAAAGAAUUAUCAAAGUACAUUAGCGUGGAUAUUUAUGGACUAUGUGGCGAUGAUCAGACUUGUCCACAUACACGUAAUUGUUUUAAAGAUAUAAUUGAGCCACAAUAUUAUUUUUAUCUCUCCUUCGAAAAUUCAUUGUGUCAGGAUUACGUCACGGAGAAACUUUACAACCCAUUGAGAUACAACAUAUUGCCGAUCGUUUAUGGAGGAGCCAAUUAUAGUCAAUUCGUACCAAAAGAUUCUUACAUCGACGCAUUAAACUUCGACAGUCCAGAAACAUUAGCAAUUUAUUUAAAACGACUUAUAACGAAUACAAAAGAAUAUCGAGAAUAUUUUCGAUGGAAGAAACAUUAUCGCAUAGAAGAUUCUACAGAUAAUGUCGCUUGCAGCCUCUGCAAGUUUCUUCAUACCGAAAGAAAGAUAAAUACGUAUUCUAGAUUAUCAAAUUGGUAUAGCCGUAACAAAUGUCCUUUACAUAAGUUAUUGAAUAGCACGAAAUAUGUCACAAAAAUGUUAUUGAAUAUCAAGACUUAUAAUAAAACGAAUUAAAAAUUUAA